CUGGCGGGGCUCGCCCCUUCCGGCAGCGGGGCGCCCGCCGGCCCGCCCUUCUCUACGCCGGACCCCCGCCAGCAUCCCGUCCGGUCCUUGUGGACGGCCUGACGCGGUGCCGGGCGACCCGGCCCGUUUUGGCGUCGCGCGGAGAGCCAGGAGAGCCGGGGGAGCGGGAGUCCGCCGAAUGCCGUCCGGGCGGCUAUGUGACUAUGUCUGUGACCUCCUCUUGGAAGAGUCAAAUGUUCAGCCAGUAUCAACACCAGUAACAGUGUGUGGAGACAUACAUGGACAGUUUUAUGACCUUUGUGAACUCUUCAGAACUGGAGGUCAGGUUCCUGACACAAACUACAUAUUUAUGGGUGAUUUUGUAGACAGAGGUUACUAUAGUUUGGAGACCUUCACUUACCUUCUUGCACUAAAGGCUAAAUGGCCUGAUCGUAUUACACUUUUGCGAGGAAAUCAUGAGAGUAGACAGAUAACACAGGUGUAUGGAUUUUAUGAUGAGUGCCAAACCAAAUAUGGAAAUGCUAAUGCCUGGAGAUACUGUACCAAAGUUUUUGACAUGCUCACAGUGGCAGCUUUAAUAGAUGAGCAAAUUUUGUGUGUUCAUGGUGGUUUAUCUCCUGAUAUCAAAACACUGGAUCAAAUUCGAACCAUUGAACGGAAUCAAGAAAUUCCUCAUAAAGGAGCAUUUUGUGAUCUGGUUUGGUCAGAUCCUGAAGAUGUGGAUACUUGGGCUAUCAGUCCCCGAGGAGCAGGUUGGCUUUUUGGCGCAAAGGUCACAAAUGAGUUUGUUCAUAUCAACAACUUAAAACUCAUCUGCAGAGCACACCAACUAGUGCACGAAGGCUAUAAGUUUAUGUUUGAUGAAAAGCUGGUAACAGUAUGGUCCGCUCCUAAUUACUGCUAUCGUUGUGGAAAUAUUGCUUCAAUCAUGGUCUUCAAAGAUGUAAAUACAAGAGAACCAAAGUUAUUCCGGGCAGUUCCAGAUUCAGAACGUGUUAUUCCUCCCAGAACAACGACGCCGUAUUUCCUUUGAGGCCUUAGCCCAUCCUGCUGACCGGUCACAUUUUUCUGCCCUCUUCUUAUCCCAACUUUUGUGUAUUACCCUCUAUAAUAUACUUUUUAUUGAGCACUUUGCUGCUGAAAUGCUGCCUCUUGCCUUUUUUUUAAUUUUAAAUUAUCUAAAUUUAUUGUUUGUUAUGGUGUUUAUAGCAAUGUUUUCCUAUCAGUUUUCUCCCCCAUCCCAUCCCCACCUUGGACUCAUCUGAGAAGACUUGAGAAAUGUCUUAAUACUCAUACUGCUGCAUGUAGCUCUUGCUUAUUUACUGGUCUGGGGGAAACAAGAUGUGUUUCCUUUUUAUAAAAAGCCAAUUGACAGAAAAGACUACACUGAAAUACUCCUCCUUUUGUAUCAUUCAGCCUUUUGUUUUAGUUUGGUAAGUUUUAAGAAAUUUCAGCAGCAAAGUUGUUAUUCAGUGGGCACGAUGGACUGCAAUGCCUAGAGUUAUGUAUACUUGUCCCAGCUGUAAACUUCAUUGUCCUUUGUUGGAUGAUAUUUUAAAUGGAUAAAAAUAAAUUGGUCUAAAGGGCUGCCCUCCUUGUUGUGUUUUUAAAUUUCAGUUAAAAACUGCUACAGUUUAUGACUUUGUACAUUAAGAUAAUUGUAUUGAUCUUUUUUCAGAUUCCUUGUAUUUUUUAAUAAAGUAAUCUUAAAAUCCAGAUAGGUUAAAGUGUUAGAAAUUUUAAACAGCUUACAUUGUUAGCUUAAAGUUAUUCUUUUUUUUUUAAGAGUUCUUGGCCCUUUGGUUAUUGAGUUUAAAACUUCAACUGAAAUUCAGUACUAUUUAUUUAAGAAAAAAAAAUCACUAAACUGUGCCUAAAAACAUAACUGCCAUAUUAAUGUUUUGGUUUAUAUCCUCUAUAGUAAUAGAAAAACAUUUAAUACUUGUAAUACUGAUGUGUUCAUUUGAUACCAGUUGAGUAGAAUGUGAUCAAUCCAGUUUACAAUCUAUCAUGAGUAUCAUUAAGUAAAAUCUAUGUACUUUUCAAUAGGAAUCAUUCUCUUGCUGUAACACUUGACCUUAACUUUUAGAAAGUGUUCAUUUUUUAACUGCAACUGGAAAGGUUGAAAAGUCAGGACUCUUCUCUUGUACUUGUGAACUGUAAUCUGAAGCAGGUUUUAAAAAAUGUAGAAGGAAACAAAUUGUCCUUUUUUGUAAAGGUCUGUGAAUUAUGUUUCGGCUUUGUGUAAGUAAUUUGAAUAUCCAAAGGGUUGUGAUGAUCAGUUCUUGAUAUGCAAUGUCCACUAAUAAGGACAAGUGUUCCAGUGUCUCUUAUGACUGUGGUCAUAAAUGAUGUUGGAAUUUACCAUUUUGUGAAAUAGUUGGUAUCAUUUUAUUACUAGAAUUAAUUUUUGUCAUUCCAGGAAAUCUUUGUGAAGCCAGCCAACUAAUAAAGCACUUUAGCAUCUGUUCAGGUAGUUUUGAAAACCAACUUUUCCCCUUCAGGAUAAGAACUUCCAGGUUAUCUAAAAAAUGCAAUAAAAGUCUUUAUAGUCUAUGCUUCUUGGAACAUAAUUUUUCAUCAGGGUUUUCUUUUAUUAAAUGAGCACAACACUUGCAAUUUUUCCCCCGAUCACCCAGCUACUUGUGUAAUUUUUAAUUGUAUAGCUGUGUGAAAGAAGUGGCUGAGACCUUUGCUGCACACACUUGAACUGUUGGGUCAGUAGCUUCGUGUCAUUGCCCUGACCCCAGUGUAAUUCAGGGGGAAAGGUAUUAAUCUUACAGGGAUGUGUAGCUAUGUAUUUUGCUAAUUGUUAAACACUGGAACUUAAUGAUGCAGACAACUUGGUGUGGUGUUUGAACAGCUCUCUGCGGUAUUUUUUUCUGUUACCAUCAAUUGUAUUGAAGUGCUUGCUCACCUCUGCUUUUAAGUUGUACCAAUAAAACCAGUAACCCUGAGCCCUCCCUUCCCAUCUGACACUCCCUAGCUUAGAUUGGUGUCGUUGUUUUAGUUAUCCCCGUAAUGUGACUUUUAUUUUUAAGUCAUGGUGUACCGCAUUUGUUUGUCACUAGUUGGGCAAGUGCCAAUAAUGUUCUGUCCAUUCCUUAACUGCCAUCUUUGUUCUGCCUGAUUUUUUUUCUCUCCAACUGAAUAAUGGCUUUUUGCAUGGAAAAAAAUAGUUUUUACUAUUAGACAUGUAAAGGGAAGAGAGAGUGAAUGUAUUGGACUUUGUAAGCCUAAAAGGAAUAUUUGGGUUCCUCUGCUGAAUAAGGGCUAUGUACUAUAUAGAGUAAUCAGGUGGUGGAAGAUACUUGCAAGUCAUAGGUUUGUAGGCAGAAGGAUCUGUUACUCCCUGUAUCCAGGCUGAAUGUAAAAUCCCUUAUGUUGUGUUAAUGGGGGUAAUAACUAUUUUUAUUUGCCUAUGAUAUACUUGGUUUUUAAUAAAGUAUCCUAGGCUCUA